AUGCCCCAUUUCGAGUCCCAUUUCGAGCAUUGGCCCGAAUACCGAGUGAUAUUUUGCAAGACAUGUCGGUUUUGUCCCGUGCCCAGUCAAAUCACCCGUCAUUUACGAGAUCAUCACGGCCAUGUCAGUGCCGCCAUUCAACGGCAAAUUGUCGAGGCCGUCCAACAGAUUCCCGAUUUGGCGCAGCAGCCCGGCCAGGUUCGAUACCCGGACCCGGAUACACCACCCAUCCCCGAGUUAGGAGUCAUCGAAAACGCGUUCCGAUGUACAGCGCCCCGAAAUAAUGCCACCGAGGGUGGGUGUGGGUAUAUGUGUUUGAACAUUAAGAGCAUGCAGCGUCAUUGUAAAGAACAACACGGUUGGAUUAACGUUCAGAAAAGAGGUCGUAUGGGUCGAGGCGGUCGCGAUACGCGACCGCCGCAGACGCCCAAUCGCAUUUGGGUGGACGGGUGUUUUGGACAACAGUUUUUUCGGGUCGACAAAUGGAAGAAGAUUUUCCCCGUGGCGGCGCCCGAGUCCGCCCGCGUGACGGUGGAUGAGAUUGUGCAACGGGCGGAACGACAAUUGGCGGCGCAACAAAAAGCCAUUGAAGAAUUUCGACCACAUGAAGUGAUGGGUCAUCAGGAAAAUCGAUAUGAAGUGAAUGGAUGGUUGGAACGAGCCGGUUGGGCAUCCCAUUUAGCCCGAUACACCUGGGAUGAGUUGGAGCAUUUUGUCGCCAUUCCACGAAGGAAGGAGGAGGUGACCGAAGAGGUGACCGAAGAGAGUGAGAAUGAGGAUGACACCCAGGUCGACCGGUCAUCAUCAUCAUCAACAACAUCAUCAGCAUUCCCCCGUGUGGAGGUUGAAUUAUGGCGAGCAUGUCAAAGCACGAUCCGGGUCAUUCAGGCCGCGCAAAAAUCCAGUCAUCCCGACGUGGUGGGAUUGGCCGCGUUACAAUACGUCAAUCGUCGCGAGACGGGUCAAAAGAACAGCGAGAAGCCAUUUUACGGUCGCCAGAUGGGCAAGACCAUCCGCAAGUACAGCCGACAUUGGGUUCGCAUAUUGUGUUACGUGUGGCGGACCCACGACGACGUCGAACCCCCACCGCCGUACAAAUUGACCGACCGACAGCGACGAUGUUUCCAGGCAUUGGAGGAGAGUGUGCAGUCACCCGUCCCGACGACCGAUCGACGCACCCCGGCGGACCAGGCAUGUUUGGCGUGGUGGAUGUCGUUAUUGGAUCACGCGUUAGGAGAUCAUCAGUACGACAGUGCGUUGGUCAGUGACAUGGCCGUGUUGGGAUGGGACGGUGGACGCGGGACAUGGCAACCGGCCACGACGUACACGCCCACGAUUUCCGCCGUGGUGACGGUGGCCCGGAUGUUGAUCAUUCAUCAGGCCCGACAAGAACGACAAGCCCAGGUCCAACGGUUGCGAGAUGUGGGCCGCACCGAGGACGAGGCCGACCACCAGGCCCCCACGCAUUUUGCAUUGGUGCAGAAGAUGGUGCGACGAUUCAUGACCAUGACCACGUUCGACGGUGCCCCCAGUCCGAUGUCGUUUUUGUUGAGUUUGCGGACGUACGGGUUCGUGAUUUGA